AUGUACUGGCCGCUUGGGACACCACGGAUCUAUGCGACAAGCAGCACGCGCCAACCGAGCUCCCGCCAGCUAGUUUCUUACGAUGGCCUCACCCCUCCAGCCGGCGGCCCCAACCACCCCCUCCUGUCCCCGACUUCUGCCGUUUCCCCGGACGAGCCUACCUCGCUCGUCCCGCCGCUAACACCGGCAACUCCUCUGACUCCUGGAAUCAAGCCCGUCGAGUACAGCUAUCCCGAAGAUGCGACCCUCGAGCCUUCCUCCGGGCCUAUUCCACCGAGCUUCGCCCUCAACGACCCCAUCCUUGCGCUCCGCGUGGCCCGUGCUGGCCAAAUAUUCGCUGUUAUAACAGCAACCUCCAUAACCGUUUGGCAGACAAAGCCCACUGUUGUUCUCGCCGUCGUCGUUCGCUCCGAAGCCUCCCUCAAAUCAUACGGCAACAAUAUCAACCUGCUGCUACGGCCAGAUGCGGCCAUCCUUGUCGUGCAUACGAGCUUGGGUUAUCUUAUAACAUACACUCUCGCCACCGAUGCCGAGUCCCGCGUGUACCGACCACACUUCGCCAACCAUACCAACGUCCAGAGGAGACGGCAGAGCCAUGUUGGAGAUCCCGGUCACGCCGCUCCUGACCAGAUCCUCUGGGGCCCCGGUGAAGGGGGCGGAGUGAGGGAUGUCAGCGUUCGCUUCCGAAUGGUGAUCAAGGUGGAUGCGGGGAUUGAAUGCGCCUUGGCUCUGGACGACGAAUUGGUCGUAGCGACACGGAAACCCGCUGCUGUCCAAUGCAUCCGUUGGUCCCCCGACAGGUCUGGGAGCCAGACAAGCACCGAGCUGCUAAGCCGGAUGAAUUGGCUGGAGAAGAAGGUGACGGUCAAGGAAAUGACGCACGACAGGCCAAUGAGUCUAUCAACAUGGAUCACGAGCGACGGGAGAGCCUACGCGGUGCAGCGACUGGGCCCUGGUCAACAAGAGCCCGACGCCGGCUCCAGCGAGCCACCUGAUCCCAGAAAGCUAUUCAAGGGCUACUGCUUCCAUGUUCCUCAACACAACCAAGAUCAUGCUGUUCGCUGUGUGAUCAACGCCCGUUUCUCUCUGAUCGCAGUUGGCUGCGCCAAUGGCAGCAUCCACGUCUAUUCGGCACGGGACUAUUCGGGCAACAUUCCUGCCUCCCACAGCCACAACUUAGCGGUAUCAUCAGCCGUCUCGGGAAAACUCACGUCGCUCAGCUACUCCCCAGACGGCUACUGCCUCUUUGCUGGGUUUGAGAAGGGCUGGGCAAUGUGGAGUGUCUAUGGGAAGCCACUGAGCAACUCGUUCCAUGCCGAUCAUGCAAUUGCCGCUGCAAACGGGGAGCAAUGGCUGUCGGGCGUGCUCGACGCCGCUUGGAUCGCAGGGGCUUGCGACCUGCUGCUCAUCAGCAGAGCCCACGAGGCGGUGUGGCUUUUGGAGAUGGCCCGGAGCGCGGUAACUGGGUGUUACAACCCGGCCAAUCUGUUUCGAACCGUGCUCCAGACCACUUCGAGCGUCAUGGUGUAUAGGGGUUACGACUUGCCUGAUCUGACGUCGAUAUCGGCUGAGCCCUCUGUCUGGCACACAACUAGAGUUCCCGCCGUGUACCUUCUCAACCAGUGGCCGAUAAGAUGUACGACUGUUUCGCCAGAUGGCAGAUAUGUCGCUGUGGCCGGCAGAAGGGGUUUGGCGCACUACAGCAUCAAUAGCGGCAGAUGGAAGACGUUCGCCAACGAAGCAGCGGAGAACGAGUUUCAGGUGAAGGGGGGCAUGUGCUGGUACCAGAAUAUCCUAGUGGCCGCGGUUGAGGCCAAUAGAUCCUUUGAACUCCGCUUAUACUCCCGCGAGGCCUCCCUCGACAGCGGCACGAUGGCAUACUCACAUCAGAUAGCAGCACCCAUAGUCUUGAUCACUUCGACCGGGGAAGACUCGCUGCUCGUUUACACCUACGACAAUCUCCUCUACCAUUUCAUCUUUGCGCCCGUCUCCGGUUCUAUCAGGCUAAUUGAAGCGGGUCACAUUGCCUUUCACGGUAUUGUAAGGUCUCCUGCAAGAGUAAGGGGCCUGAGCUGGAUCCUGCCGGACCACCAGCUGCUCGAAGGGGAUCCCUCGCAGGAUGUGGCCCAUGCCUCGGUCCUGUUCCUGGUCGAUGGGAAGCUGGUCCUUCUCCGGCCUUCGGUCAGCGACAAUAAUCUCAAAUACGAUAUGCGCGUCAUUGUUCACAACGUCGAGUACUUCAUCAGCAUGAGAGAUCAGGUUCUCCCAACCGAAUCCACACAACAGCUGCUGGACUCUCCAACCCAGGGUAAUGCUAGCGAAAGCCUGCAAGACUCCCUAUGGAUAUUCGACGGCAGUGAGCUGAAAGCUUGGACUGAUGCGGAACCGGUUCUGAAGGCGAUAUCUGGCGAGUCAUCGCGAGAGUUGCCCCCAAUGGUCUCCAUACCCGUUGACUUCUAUCCACUUUCGACCCUUCUUCAAAAGGCAGUCGUGCUCGGCGUCGAGUCAGAUCUCAUCCAGCGCCGUGACAUUAGCUUCUCCUUUUUCCGCUUCUCGAUUAGGACACACCUAUUUUUACCCAAUAUCUUGCGAUCUUACCUGAUCGCAAACAAGUCUGCUGAAGCCUUGCGGCUGGCCCAGCAGCACGAGCACCUCGAGUACUUUGCUCAUGCACUCGAAGUCCUUCUGCACCAUGUUUUAGAUGAGGAAGUGGAUGCUAACCCCGCCCCUGCGCCCGAGCACGCAAUUCUCCCGCGGGUGCUCUCUCUCCUCUCAUCGUUCAGGCAAUACUUGGACAUUGUGGUGCAAUGUACUCGCAAGACAGAAGUGCGUUGUUGGCGCACCCUGUUUGCCUAUCUCCCUCCGCCACAAGAACUCUUUGAAGAGAGCCUCCAGCGUGGCAGUCUCAAGACGGCGGGCGGUUACCUUUUGAUUCUGCACACGUUCGACGAGUUGGUGACGGCGAGCGAGCAAAGCAUACGGUUGUUGGGUCGGGCCAUGGAGGAGGAGGACUGGCACUUGUGCAAGGAAUUGGCGCGGUUCCUCGCGGCGCUUGACGAGACUGGGGAUACUCUCCGAGAAGCAAUGGAUAUGGUCAACGUGCGAACACACCGAGGACGUGAAAUUGAUGAGGGAUCCGUCGGUAAUGGAUUUCCGGCGAGACUCGAAAUACCAUCCGGGGGUGUUUACGGCAACUAUUCCGACGGCGGCACUCCGGAAGCCAACGCAAGCCAGACGACAGGAAGCGUCUCGGACUAG